AUGGCGACCCUCCGCGCAACCCCCAACCUCCUCGCCAUGCCCCCCCCCCUCCGCUCCCUCCUCUUAACCCAUCACAUCCUCCUCCCAACCCGAACCUUUGCAACCCGCCCCGGGCCCCGCCGGCACUCCAUCCCCCCCUUCCCCGGCUUCGACCCCGAACCACCCCUCUCACAAACAACAGAGGAGUACAUCCCACCGCUGGAAUCAACCUCCUACCUCCCCCCACCCUCCAACGACCCCAACGGCCUCCCCUUCCCGGCCCCCCCCCCCUCGAAAUCCUCCCUCGCCAAGGCAACAGGAAUCUUCACCUCCAAAGGCGGCCCCAAAUUCCUCUAUUCCGCGGGCAGAUUUCUCGAAUUGCCAGUCAACACCCACACGCCGGAAAUCUGCCUCAUCGGCCGCUCCAACGUCGGAAAAUCAACUCUGAUCAACGCCCUCUCUGGCCUUCUCGGCGCAUCCGCCCGUAACAGCCAUGGAGUGGUGGCGCGAAAACAAGGAAGCGCGAUAACCUCCCGUAAAGCAGGCUGCACAGUCACCCUCAACGGCUACGGGUUUGGCACCCCACCCCCCGAACCCCCUUCCGCGCUUGAAGAGAUCAAAGCCAAAAGAGAAGCCGUUGUGAAGGGAGCGACACGACAAGCGAGGAGGGAGGCGCAGAAGGAGUAUAUGCAACGGGAGAAGCCGAGGAGAUACGCCCUGAUAAUGGUUGACAUGCCUGGUUAUGGCUUGGGGUCCAAAAAGGACUGGGGGGUGGAGAUUCAGAAAUAUUUGGCGAAAAGGCAGAUGCUCAAGGGGGCUGUGGUGCUGAUUGAUGCCGAGACCGGGGUUAAAGAGCAGGAUAGGAUGGUGUUGGGGAACUUGAGGGAUCAUGAUGUUAGGACUGUGGUUGUGCUCACCAAGGGGGAUAAGGUUGUUGAUGCGGCGGUGGUGGAGCAGAGGAAACAAAAUGGGGAGGGAAAAGGGGGGGCGGAGGAGAGGAUAGGGGAGGUUUUGGUGGGGGUUUGGAAGGAACUGAGGAGAGCGGAGAGGAGGAGUUUGACUUGGUUGGAGGGAGGAGACAAGGGGUGGGAGAGGGAGGUUUGGGUUACGGGGGCGGGGGAUCCGAGGAAUGGGGGGUUGGGGGUUGAGACGGCUAGGUGGGCGAUUUGCAGGUUGGCUGGGUUGGUGGAGGAUAAGAGGAAGAUUGUGGUGCCGGGGUUGGAUGUUGCGGUCGGAAAGGGGAAGAAGGAGGUGGUGGAGGUGGAGCAGGAGGAGCCCGAGAUUGUUUCGUUUGAUGAUAUUGAGGCGUUGAUGGAGAGGGAGAAGGCGAGGCCGAAGAAGAGGCUUCAUCCGUCGUUUUGA